GAUCAUGAGACUGCAUCCUUGUCUCUUAGUAUGAUUCAAUCUCAUAAUAGUAAACAGAGUAAUAUCUAAUAAACUACUAAUGGUUUAUUUUGUUAUUCGAGCUUAGGCUUCCAGCAGGACCAGCAUACUACCUUGUCAUCUAGUUACUGGAACUCCAGCUUGUCUUAGGAUCAUACUACCUUGUCAUCUAGUUACUGGAACUCCAGCUUGUCUUAGGAUCAUACUACCUUGUCAUCUAGUUACUGGAACUCCAGCUUGUCUUAGGAUCAUACUACCUUGUCAUCUAGUUACUGGAACUCCAGCUUGUCUUAGGAUCAUACUACCUUGUCAUCUAGUUACUGGAACUCCAGCUUGUCUUAGGAUCAUACUACCUUGUCAUCUAGUUACUGGAACUCCAGCUUGUCUUAGGAUCAUACUACCUUGUCAUCUAGUUACUGGAACUCCAGCUUGUCUUAGGAUCAUACUACCUUGUCAUCUAGUUACUGGAACUCCAGCUUGUCUUAGGAUCAUACUACCUUGUCAUCUAGUUACUGGAACUCCAGCUUGUCUUAGGAUCAUACUACCUUGUCAUCUAGUUACUGGAACUCCAGUUUUUCGCUAAAAUGAAGAUGAGCAUCAGAAUGUCAGACAGCUCUAUCGGUGUGCUCCUGGCCCUCCUGACCAUCACCGAGGGGAUGAGCCUAAGUGACUUGGGGUCAGACUUACGUUGUCGCUGCAUCCAGAUGGAGAGGCGUCGGAUUGGUAAACUCAUCGACAAGGUAGAGAUGUUUCCUCCCAGCUCGCACUGCAAAGACACUGAGAUCAUAGCCACUCUGAAGGGGAGUGGUAAGGAGAUUUGUUUGGACGUCAGCGCUCCCUGGGUCAAGAAGAUCAUUGAGCAGAUACUGGCCAAGCACAAGAGAAACUCAUACAGCCCAAAGACCUGGAAUAAACGAACCAGGAAGAAGCCUUGAAACCCAGACUUCCAUUGACUUGAUCAAUGCUAUCAAGAGCUACUUCGCACACAGGGAGAGAUUUCAGUGCUACUGCCUUUAAAGUGGAUGGACUGCAUUUACAUAACGCUUACCUAGUGCUGGAGGUUCUCACCUUUUCCACUACCAAUGUGUAGCAUCCUUUAAGUUGGUUAAGUUGCCAUAAUUUAUCCUACACUCUGUGACACGACUCUCUUACACUGCAUCUCACCUGAUGGGUGUCACGUUGCUGUAUGUGGUAAAGUAAUUACCCAUCAGAGAUAAAUAACAUUUUUUGAAUUGAAUACUGUUGAAUUGAGUCUAGAGUUGGGGUCACAGAAUCUAUCCUACUGACAUCUACUGCAUGUACAGUACCUACAACAGUGGCUGUUUCAUUCAGAAUUGAAAGAAGUUAAUUAUUUUGGAUCUUGAUAUGUGUAUUAUGUUUAAGCAAAAGACAAAAAUAUUGAUAAAUGAAUGAAACACUUUUUGGUUCCAAACAUUCACCAAAAAGACACAUUCAAAAAGAGUGGUUUGUUUAAGAACGACCCCUCACCAUGUGGUUGGCAAUCAAGCGACCCGGAUUCAAUUCCCACAGGUUACAGAAGUAGCAAAUAUAUACCUUACAGCAGAAGUUGACUUUAUGUUCCCUUUUUUUAAGUAGAAAUACACAUAAAAAUACUCCAUGGCUAUGUCUCAAAAUUGGCCUAAAAACUAACAUAUAUUACAACAAUAUCACCCAAGAAUAUCUGUGUUUGACUUAUUUGACUGUUCCAUAUAAUACUGGGGUUACAAUUUGGAAAACUAUCACUUGAACAAUAUUUAUUUGGCAAAAAAAAUCCAUUCUGCUCUAUAUUUUUUAAACUUAAACGUAUGUUUCCAACAUACUCAUAUUUAAUUCAAUGUUUCAAUACCUUAAUAUAGCUCAAUGCCGCUGGUCAAAAUGUGGCGUUAAGUAUAGUAUAUGCCAUUUAGCUGACGCUUUUAUCCAAAGCGACUUAUAAGUUAUCGUUUCCCGAUCUUUUUCUUUCAGAAUACAGAAAAUGUAGAAAUACUUGCACUGUACUUGAGUGAAGAAAAUAAAAAACAAUAAGGCUGCUUUUUUUUUGGUUUCUUUGUCUCUCUUCACUAUUCUCAAACAUUCAAUCCAAAUUGAAUGAAUGUAUUCAAUGCUCUCCCUCCACACUUCAAUGUCAAUUUUCCCAUCUUACAAUCAAUAUCCUAAUUGUUUUUAUAUGGAUAUAGAUAGAACAAUUUAACCUUGUGUGUAGC